AGAGGAAGAUCCACAUUUUUGCAGCAGACAUGAUCGGCCGUCGCGCCUGUUUGAAGCUGCGACGGCGCGGUUGCGAGCUGCGAUCACCGGCAGGUAGAGAUGUGGUGCGCUGCCUGUGGGCUGUGGCUGUGGUAGCACGCUCACCCAACGGCCAACGCCCCGGCGCAUUCAGUUUCAGUUCGCGCCUGCCCACCCCGCGCCCGCCGCUGACCACACACAAACCUCGCGGCGAAUCCGCCGAUCUCCUCCCCCCUCCUUCCCGAGAGGCCGAGGCGGCGGCGACCGACAAGCACCCCCUCCACCGCCGGCGGCCAUGAAGCCCCCGCCCCUGCCGGCGCCCGCCAGAGCGCCGCCGCUCCCGUGGAUCUCCCCACUCCAGUACCGCAGCCCCACCCGCGCCGCGCCCGCCUCCCCGCCCCCGCCCCCGCCGCCGCCCUCCUCCCCCCCGCCGCGCCGCGUCGACCACCCGGACCUCGCGCGCCUCAUCGCCUCCUCGCAGUCCGGGCAGCGCGCGCUCGACCUCUUCAACGCCGCCGCGGAGCAGCGCGGGUUCUCGCACACCGCCUCCACCUUCUCCGCGCUCCUCAUCCGCCUCGCGCGCGCGCGCCUACCGUCCGCCGCCACCGCCGUCCUCCGCCGCGCCGCCUCCGCGCCCUGCCGCUUCCUCGAGCCGCACCUCCUGCCACUCCUCCGCCUCCUCCCGCCCGACCACGCCCUCGCGCUCCUCCGCCUCCUGCCGGCGCUCCUCCACCGCCGCCGCGUCUCGCACAAGGCCCUCGCCGUCUGCCUCGACCGCCUCGUCUCCUCCCGCUGCCCCAACGUGCUCGACGACCUCAUAGCCGACCUGCGCGACCCGCGGAACAAGUACCUCCCCGCUCCCAACACCUGCGUCUACAACAUCCUCAUCAAGCACUACAUCAAGAACGGCGACUCCGAGACUGCCUUCAGGGUGCUCGAUGAAAUGCGUGAGUACACCUGCGGCGAUGUGAGGCCAAACCUGGUCACCUAUUCGACCUUGUUGGGCGGGCUCUGUCGUGCUGGUAAGAUGAAGGAAGCGUUUGAACUAUUUGAGGGGAUGAUCGAGAAAGACCACAUCGUGCCAGACCAGCUGACAUACAAUCUGAUCAUCGACGGAUUCUGCCGUCUGGGGCAGGUGGAGAAGGCACGGACAAUCUUUGGAUUUAUGAGGAAGAAUGAGUGUGAGCCAAAUGCUUUCAACUAUGCAACUCUUAUCAAUGGACACUGCAAGAAAGGGGAAGUGGAGAAUGCAAAGCUGGUGUUCGAGGAGAUGAGGACUGCUGGGGUGGAACCAGACGCCGUCAGCUACACGGCACUGAUCGGGUGCCUUUGUAGACAUGGGAGUGUCGAUGAGGGGAUCAAUCUUCUGAUGGAGAUGAGGGAGAAGGGAUGCAAGGCUGAUGUUGUCACAUACAAUCUGCUGCUUGAAGGGCUGUGCAAAGAUGGGCGGAUGGCGGAAGUGAUGGACUUGCUUGGGAGGUUGCCAGAGGAAGGAGUUCAGUUGAACGUCGCAAGCUAUCGGAUUGUGAUGAAUACUCUGUGCUCAAGUGGAGAUAUGGAGAAGGCCGUUGGCUUGCUGGGAUUAAUGCUCAGAAGAGGGUUUUUGCCGCACUAUGCAGCCUCAAACAAAUUGUUGAUUGGUCUGUGCGAUGUUGGGCAAGUGGCAGAUGCGACAGCCGCAUUGUAUGGAUUGGCCAAAUUUGGGUUCAUGCCAGAGGCUAGUUGUUGGGCAAAGCUGAUUGAGGCUGUGUGCCGGGACAGAAAACUUAGGAGAUCUGUUGAGCUUCUGGAUAUCUUAAUUACGGGAGGGUGAACAAGUUACCUCAGUGCAGCAUGGGUUACUUUGGCCGAUUUUUUACCUGAAGUAGGAUAUAAAUCAGGUAUGAAGAUCGCUCGAAAACGGAGUGAUGGCACAUUGAAGGGAUCACUUUCACAUAAGAUAUUACCCAAAACUUGCACAUAAGAUGAUCAGGCUUGACCCCAAAUGGCGAACAAGAUGCAGUCCAGGAAUUAACUCAAAAGGGUCGUUUGAUCUGCAACAAGGACGGCGACCUGAGCCAAUUUGCGAUACAAUCCACAACCAUCCAUUCUGAAUUGGGGGGUGGGGG